AUGCCCAAAGCCGCGAAACCUAAGCGUCGCAAGAAGAGCCAGUCUAGAACGGAAGUAACAUCCAUAUCCGACAGUGAGAGUGACACGGCUACUAAAUCUCAAUCCUCCAAGCCAAAAGCCCAGCCAGCUUCCACCAAAUCAGUCCCUCAAACCAUACCAACUCCGACAAUCAAAACUCCAUCAAAGCCAAAUCCGGUAAAAGAUUCAGCUCUGGCCGAGAAGUUCACAGCGCAUUAUCUUCAACGCGCCACUAUCGAGUUCUCUGAGGAUUUGGAUAAGAUCCGUGAAGCGGAUGAUUUCAAUGAGAAUGCGUUGCAGAUAUUGGUGCAUGCAUUGAAGCAGGGGACGGAAGUUUGGGUGGUGAUGGGGAAGAAAGGAGGACGAGCGGAAUGGGACGAUGACGACGCCUCUGGUCCUGGUGGUGAUGGAAUGGGCAAGAAGACCGGCAGGAGCAUUUUCAUGAAAAACUUCUCCGAUUUUGAUAAUAAGGGCAGCGGGAAUAGGGCUAUAAUUGUCAUGAAGUCUGCUAAAAAUAGGCACUUCAAAGAACUCGAAGCAACCGCAUGA